CGAUAGAACCUUCGCACGCGUUCUACUCUCACACAUACACUCCUCUAUUAAGUAAGAGCAAAAAAAAGAACGAAGAAAAAAAAGCAUGACAUUUAGUGAUGAAACUCGUGAAGUGACGUGCCAGUUCAGUUGUUUACGCGCUCAAAAAUUGUUCGGCAAAUAAAAAAACCAAAUUCAUUUUUGGUGUUGAUUUGUCUCUCUCAUUCGGUUGAUAGCAUUUCUAUUUCUUUUCAAAUUGAUAAAUCGUUUGUUGUGUUCAACUGGCAACAACACAUACACAUAUCGAAUAAAAUUAAACCUACGAAAAGACAUAAACGAUUGACUUGGUUCAUUUGUUAGCUAUAAGUUGUAUCGACCGAACGAGAAGAGACAGCGAACAAAAAACAAGUGUUCGAAUAAAAAAUAUUUAGCAAAAUUUCGUGUGAUUGUGUUCAUUAAAAUAAGAAACAAAUUAUUUGCAAUUGUUUUAAAAUAUCUAUCAUCAGUUUGCUGUUGUUGUUUGCUUCAGAGAAGGUUUAUUCAAGGUCAAUUCAUUUGUGCCGGCUAUACAAUGUGAGGUUAAAUGUCAAUUCAAUGUGAGGGACAGAGACAAAGGGUGAAAGAGAGAUGUUCGAGUGACGGGGACUCAUAGAGACGACGAGCGAUAGGGACAGCAAGACUGUAGAUUGAAGAUGACGACGCGAGUAAAUAUUGUUUUGACUUUUGUUGAGCGAUCUCUGCGGGAGCAUCUCUGUUGAUAAGAGAAUCAAGUGGAGAUUUUUAAUUGGAAUUUGUGACGAAUUAUUUAUGGAAUGGGUCCAAUACAUAUAAAACGAGCGACGACUGAGAAGUUGCGUGAGACUUUCUUAAAAUAUGCAUCACACCAACAGAAUGGCGAAUAUUACAUGACCACGGAGGAUUUCAUUCGAGGCUAUCUGAGGCUAUUUCCGGAAGCAAAUUAUAAUAAGGAUUCAGUGAAUUUGAUGGGCAGCAUAGCUGACACGAGUAAGGAUGGAUUGAUAUCAUUUGCAGAGUUUCAGGCAUUCGAAGGAUUGCUUUGUACACCAGACGCACUCUACAAAACCGCUUUUCAGCUAUUCGACACAAAUGGCAACGGAACCGUCAAUUACAAUGAAUUCUGUGAAAUUAUCAAAAAGACGGAAUUGCAUGCCAAAAUCCCAUUCCAUUUGGAUGGGCCAUUCGUACAAAGAUAUUUUGGAAAAGACAAAAAACGGGCCAUCAACUAUGCUGAGUUCUCGCAAUUGCUGCACGAUUUUCACGAGGAGCACGCCAAAGAAGCAUUUAAAAGCAAAGAUCCAAAUGGCACCGGCUAUAUUUCACCGAUGGAUUUUCUGGAUAUUAUGGUCAGCGUGAAGAGCCAUUUGCUCACACACGAUGUUAAAGACAAUUUAGUGGCUGUUACCGAAGGACGUAAAGUGAGCUUCGCUUAUUUUAUGGCCUUUAAUUCGUUAUUAAAUAAUAUGGAGUUAAUCAAACGUGUUUAUUUGAAUGCAACCGGUGGCAGCCGCUUAGAACCAAUUACAAAAGACGAGUUACUGUUAUCGGCACAGCUCAUGAGUCAAAUUACGCCGCUUGAAAUUGACAUUUUAUAUCAAUUGGCUGGAGUGCUUCAUCAGCCGGGCCCGGACCUGCGACUAUUGUAUAGUGAUUUGAAUAAUAUUGCUCCAGAGCAUUAUACGAAAAGCAUUACAGCACGGUUGACGGACAUUCAAGCAGUAUCCAGCCCAGACGAUCGAGGCAUUUUUAUUCAAGUGCUGGAAAGUGCAUACAGAUUCACAUUGGGGUCGUUUGCUGGAGCGGUUGGUGCGACGGCCGUGUAUCCGAUCGAUUUGGUGAAAACUCGUAUGCAAAAUCAAAGAACCGGAUCACUGGUCGGCGAAGUGGCAUAUCGUAAUUCAAUCGAUUGCUUCAAAAAAGUCAUCCGUCACGAAGGUGUGCUUGGACUAUACCGUGGUUUGGUGCCGCAAUUAAUCGGUGUUGCACCCGAAAAAGCAAUAAAAUUAACGGUCAACGAUUUGGUCAGGGACAAAUUAACGCCAAAAGAUGGUGUGUUACCAUAUUAUUAUGAAUGUAUCGCUGGUGCAUGCGCUGGCGCAUCACAAGUUGUGUUCACGAAUCCCCUGGAAAUUGUAAAAAUUCGAUUGCAAGUGGCCGGAGAGAUAGCUGGCGGUGGAAAAGUCCGUGCAUGGCAAGUUGUGAAGGAGCUCGGGUUGUUUGGCUUGUACAAAGGUGCACGAGCAUGUUUACUCCGUGAUGUACCAUUUUCAGCUAUUUAUUUCCCCGCUUAUGCACACACGAAAGCAGCGUUUGCCGAUGAAGAUGGAUACAAUCAUCCGCUUAGUUUGCUUGCUGCUGGUGCAAUUGCAGGUAUACCUGCCGCAUCGCUUGUAACACCUGCCGACGUCAUCAAGACACGAUUGCAAGUAGCUGCACGCCAAGGUCAAACGACAUACUCGGGUGUGAUGGAUGCGGCAUCGAAAAUAAUGCGCGAAGAAGGUCCUCGUGCAUUCUGGAAAGGAACAAUGGCUCGUGUAUUCCGUUCAUCACCACAAUUUGGUGUCACAUUGGUCACGUAUGAAUUGUUGCAACGAAUGUUCUACGUUGAUUUCGGUGGUUCAAGGCCGAGUGGUUCGGAUGUAACGAAAACAUCAUCAACACUUGACACCACCAAAGUUCAAGUGAAUGCUGAUCAUAUCGGCGGUUAUCGUGCGGCUGUUCCAUUGAUUACUGGCAUCGAAACCAAAUUCGGUUUAAGCUUUCCCAAAUUUGCAUCAACAAUCCAACUAAAAUCCACAUAAAUUUGUGUUGGAAAAUCUCAAAACAAAAAUUUUAUUAAUUAAAUUGCAUUUGAAACUUUUUUUCAUUAAAAACAAUGAUUUUGGACAUAAACACG